AUGUGUCCAUCUAUAUGUGGUGAGUCCCGCGCCGGCAGCCCUGGCGCGCAUCAGCAACAGCACCGAGCCACCAGCAGAAGCAGAAGCAGGAGCCAGAAGCAGGCGGCCCAGCACCAGCACCAGCACCAGCACCAGUACCAGCAUCGGCACCAGCACCAGCACCGCCAGCCAGCCAGGCAGCGGGAGCAGCAACGUUGGCCAUCGCGUUGUCUGAUCAUCCUCGCCCUAAUGAAGGCUGGUUUAUCUGAAGGCUUUCGAUUCCCAGUAGAACCCAUACCACACGUAUGCAGUGGUGGUGGUGGACACCUUCGCGGUGGUGCUAGCCACCAGCUCUACUGUCUGCCCGAGCAUGACNUCGGUCUCGUGUCCACGGUCAAUCCCCAUGCGUCUAUGUGUCCAUCUAUAUGUGGUGAGUCCCGCGCCGGCAGCCCUGGCGCGCAUCAGCAACAGCACCGAGCCACCAGCAGAAGCAGAAGCAGGAGCCAGAAGCAGGCGGCCCAGCACCAGCACCAGCACCAGCACCAGUACCAGCAUCGGCACCAGCACCAGCACCGCCAGCCAGCCAGGCAGCGGGAGCAGCAACGUUGGCCAUCGCGUUGUCUGAUCAUCCUCGCCCUAAUGAAGGCUGGUUUAUCUGAAGGCUUUCGAUUCCCAGUAGAACCCAUACCACACGUAUGCAGUGGUGGUGGUGGACACCUUCGCGGUGGUGCUAGCCACCAGCUCAAGGGUAGGGUCACCAGGAUGAAGGAAGAAGAGGUGGUGGCGGAGGUGGAGGAGGAGGAGGAGGACGCGGAGGGGUCACGGGAGUAA